UAUGUGAAAUAUGAACGUGGACAUGGAUGCCCCGUCAAUAGCUCUCGACGGUGGAGAAGCCACGACAAGGGCCUUGAUAUUUUAAAGUACCCGUGUCACUCUCUUCGCUUUUACUUCAUUUCACCAACCUCAGUACUCCUUAGUGACGACACACUUCAAUUCAAUUCACCCAGCUCGCUCUUGUGCUCUUAUAUAUACGCACAAAUCUAUUCUUAAAUCUCUGUACAUCUUUCGUAACUUGAACAAGUACAGUUACAUACAUUUGUAGGUUUCUGCUUGUCGCCUAGCUUCAACUUCUUCUUUUGGCUAGUCAAUUUGUUUACAUGCUGUAUAAAAGUAGAUAGCUCUCGUUCAGUAUUAACAAAAUAUUUUAUGUUCGAUUCUAUUAGAUCGAAUUCGAUUCUAGUGCAUUUUAAAAAAAUCUGGACUCCGUCGAAAUUUGAGAUUAAAUAAAAGAUGGGGAGAGCGCCGUGCUGUGAAAAGGUGGGACUCAACAGAGGGAGAUGGACGGCUGAAGAAGAUGACAUUUUGACGAAGUAUAUUCAGGCUAACGGUGAGGGCUCGUGGAGAUCAUUGCCCAAGAAUGCUGGUUUGCUGAGGUGUGGGAAGAGCUGCAGACUGAGAUGGGUCAACUAUUUGAAAUCAGACUUGAAGAGAGGCAAAUUCUCUUCGGACGAAGAUGAAACAAUUAUCAAGCUUCAUUCAUCUUUGGGAAAUAGGUGGUGCUUAAUUGCAAGUCACCUACCCGGUAGAACAGACAACGAGAUUAAAAAUUACUGGAACUCGCAUUUGAGCAGACAAAUUUACAAGUUUCGAAAGAUUAUUCAACAAUUGAACCACGAACCAGUUGUUGUGGACCAGCCAGUGCCCAAGUCCAGGACCACUGAUGUGGCUCCCAAGCCACCAGUCAAGAGAACACGUAAAUCUAUCACCAAGAAGGACACCAAAGUUCCUGAUAAUUCUCCUGAUCAGAAAGUGGUGGAUAAAUCCCCGGAAUCGGCUACUUCUAGUCGGGAUCUUGGUAAUGGUGGAAGUUUAGUAAUUAUGCCCGCGACACCGGCCUUGGAGGAAGAUGUCAUGAGCAGCAUGAUUAAUUUGGAUAUUCCUGAAGAUAAGGAAACUAUGGAUGAUAUCUUCCUCAGCUCUUUUCUUGAUGACAUAGUAUCUGAUCAAGGUCUCGAAGCGGACCUUAAUUUACAAACCCUAAACCAGGUGCCAGUAGGAGAUCCGAAUGGUGAAUUGUUACUUAGUAAUGCUGACGUGGAAAAUUGGCUUAUGGAUGAUGGUAAUACAAUCAUGCCUAAUCCGAGUUUGAUGCCAGAAGGCGAGAAGUAUGACCUGAAGAACGGUGAAUUAGAUGUUCUGGGGUGGGACUGCGGCGGCAACAUGGAUUGGGACGGCGGAUUUGAAGACCAGAAUUUAUGGGAUAGUGAAGAUGAGAAGCUGUUUUCUGGUCUGUGGGAGACUAGUUGUGAUAAAGGUGAUGAUGGUGAUCACAAACAGGAUGCAAUAGUUGAAUGGCUGUUCUCUUAAUCAUGUUGUUAAUUAAUAUUAGCAGUUACGUACAUCUCUAGGUCAGGGAACAUUGGCUAAUUAGUUACUACAAUUAAGACACUGUUAGUCCCUGAUCUUGUUGCAUUGCAUGCAUUAAGUGGAACUAGGAUUCCACUUUAAUUUGGUUUGUGUAUGUGAAGACAGUAAUUACUACUACUAAAGUUGGAGUAAUUAGGUUGUAGUUAGGUGUUCUAUCUUGUGUAUUAAGGAGAUAAUGAAUUAUAAUGAAUAAUAGUUAUUAGAUGUUUGGUUGGA